GGGAAACAUGGUCCAUUUACAUAAAUAAAUCAGAGGUGAUCAAGGAGAUGAAAAGGAGAGAGGUGCUGGUAUUUGAUUCUCCUCUAGACCAGUCCUAUCCUGAGCAUUAGCAAGAGCAAUCCUGCAAUACAAAGCCCUGACAUUACAUCACAUUACUGAAGAGCAGGCAAAUGCACAGAGAGCGACAGGCUCAGAACCAGCAGCUGCUGCCUUUGUUAUGACAAUGUAAAGGCACUGGGUGGAAGCAGCACCGUUAACGUGCCUAUAAAAGAAAAGCCUGUAUGCCUUCACAUUUUUCUUUAUUCAACAAAAGGGGCAAGGAGAUACUGAGAUCUGGGUGAAGCCAAGAACGAUCGAGAGAAAAAUAAAUUUGCCCUUCCAAGCAAGCAAUGCAAGGAAGAGACAAAGGAAGCCAUAGAGGGAUGGAUUGCAUUGCUGUCAAUGACCACGGAUACUGAGAAUUUGGAUUUCUGUCUACAGAAACGUUCGUCACCCCCAAGGGAGAUUGAAUCAGUGAGUACUGUGGUCCUGGGUUAUGUUGUCAAUAUGUAUCAAUGAAAGCCUCAAUUAUGGCCCAGCCCUGGUUAAUCUCUCAUCUAAUCAAUUCAUAUUACUGAAGCUCACCCUGUGUCAUGCACUUGAAUUUAUACCUUAUUUCGUGAGGCUCACAUGAUGGGAAUAAAGCAUCUAGGAAUAAAUGAGUCUUGCUCAGUAGAUUUAAUAUGAUUUAUAUUGUCAUUUGAGUGGCAUAUCAUUCAUAAGCCUAUGUUGUUUCUCCUGUCUAUACUAGACUCAUCAUUGCAUGAGGCUCACUCCAGGACAUUGUCCUAAUCUGCCAAGCCUCACUCCUUUGGAAAAUUAAACACAGAAAAAUGGCACUGCCUGGAAAAGAUGAACGUUACAUUUUGGAAUGUUGAACUGCAACAAAGCUCUCACUCAGCUUAAUGAUAGUAAUGGCUACAUAGUGUUUCCUGAGUUUAGCUUAUUUGAAGUAAGGCUGUUUACUUUUGAGUGGGACUUGAGUGUACAAGAUUCCAUAUUGGAUUAAGUAGAAUUUUGGCCAUGGAUCAUGCCAGCAGCAACUUGGGAUCUGAAAUCAUUCCAUCCUAUGAGGAGUACGAGUGCAAGAUAUGUUACAAUUAUUUUGACCUGGACAGGAGGGCCCCAAAACUGCUGGAGUGUCUGCACACUUUCUGCCAGGAGUGCCUAAAUACCCUACACCGCAGGGAGGAUCGGCCAUGGCGCCUCUCCUGCCCAAUAUGCCGACACCGUACCGUAGUACCAGACUCCCGGGUGGAUGCACUACCUGUAAACACAAAGGUGGCUGAGGCCUUUCCAUUAUAUGUGAGACCUGAUGACCCAUUUCCCCAGGAUAUUCUUCCUCCCAUCACCUAUCAACAGCGUGGGCUCCAGUAUCACCACAACCCGGUGGGUGGAGUACUGGUUCAUGGCUCCGCAGAGCUGCACUACACUCUGCAUCCCGGACAAGAGCUAGCAUCAUCCACCACAACGGGCACUAGAGGACAAGGAUCAUUUUCAGGCCUAAGUCAACCGCAUUCUGUGGCUGCCCCAUCUCCCAGAAGAGGUUACGAUAGAUGCCAGAGUUGUAAGAGAGCAGUGCUGACUGCAGGAUGUGUGUGUGUUGUUUUUUCGUUUUUGGCAAUGGUGGUUUUGUUGUUUGCAGGUCUUGUGUUUGUAAAUCGUCACAGCGGAGCCCCUGCACCUUCCCCAGCAGGGCCUAUUUGCCUUUCGGUGGCCAGUGUGCUGGCUCUCUUCUCAGUGGUGGUUACUUGGAUUAUCUGCUGGCUGAAAUACAGACCCGAGCCUGGGGAGGGAAGUAGGGGGUCAACAGGGAGGAGAGAUACUUGACAAUGACUAACCCAUAUUCUGCCAUUCUCAAUCUGUGCUCCCUGAUGUAAUGCUUUAUGGGCAACUCAGGAGUUAAAACAGGCACUGAUUCCUAAAAUUAAAUAAAUGUGUCCAUAUGCAUUUUGGGUGCCAGAGCUUGAAAGAAAAAUGCACUGUACAACCUUCAGGUUCUCAAAGGGUUUAAUAAAACGUGUUAUGUGAUUUUAUGAACAGCAACAAUCUUCUUUGUCACUGGAGUCCCACAAUCUAGUCCUUUGUAAUCGAUUCCCAUGUAUAUGCAGACAGUAGCAUUCAUGUUUACUUAUGUAAGCUUUAAUGAGCAUUAUAUAAGUGAGAAAAUGUAUAGCAAAUUAUUGCUAUAAAUAAAAAAAAUAUUGUUUAUAUUUGGUGAUUUACCACUAUUUAUUUCUCUUACUUAACCAUUCCCCUUCAUGUCUAUGUGCAAUAGAAAUUCCAUUAUGCAAAAUUUGUUGCAAGCACACAAAAAAAUCAUACAACGUAACAUGACAUUGUCAUACAUGUAAUAUGUUCCACGUGAAUGCACUGAUCUGGCAUUAAACUGGUUAAUUACAGUAAAUACAAAAUCAAUUGUGGGUCUCCUGCAACAACAAAAUCAUUUUGUCGGCUGCUGGGAGUCUAGAAACACAACACUCAACACAAUAUUGAAAUGCAUAUUAUUAUUUUUGUUCCUUUUCCAUAAUUGUUUUACAAUUUGCAUUUAUGCUGUCCAUAAAUAUGCACAUUGCUUUAUUCGGUUUUAACCCCAUGAAGUCUUAUUUGCUCUGUGUUGUCUAUCUUGACCUUACAUUUGAAUUCUCAGUGAAUAUUUUGUAUGAGUGAGUGCUAAGCAACAACUCUUAAGUCAAUGCUUUGCUUAGCACUUUGACACUCGGAGUUAAUUUAAAAGGAUACUCUAAGCACCUUAAUACAGUUUUAGUAUAUAGAUCAUGCCUCUGAAACCUCAUGGCUCAGUUAUCUACCAUUUAGUUGUUAAAUCAGGUUUGUUUCUGUUCAUGCAGCUCUAACCCCACCUCACCUGGCUGUGACUCAAACUGCCAACAUGAAAAAAAAUGGUUUCAUUUUCAGGCAGAUAUUACAGCACAGUGUGUUUACUUUUGAAGUUUUUCCUGCUCUGUUACUUGAACUUUAGUUGCACACACAAGUAGCUGUUAAGGGCUAUAGCAGGUUAUUAACAGAGCAUGCAAUAAUAUAUUCUAAAUUAAACAGACUGUGUUUAAAGGAAGUUUGAACAUUAGAUUUCUCUUUACAGGAAAUGUGUAGGGAGACUAUGUAGGACACAGGCAGGGGAGACGUGGGUCUACAUAAACAGAGUGAUUUAACUCCUAAAUGGGAGAAUUGAGCAAUUAGACUGCAGGAAAAUUAUCUAUAUACCAAAACCACUCUCUGAAGAUAAAGUUUUUUUUGGCAGUUAUAGUGUCCCUUUUACCAGUAUAACUAAGCGUAAAUGCCUAUGAAAAUAAGCAGAUUUAUUUUUUUUCAAAAAAGGACAAAAGGCACAAAUGAGCAUAAACACAAUAUGAUUUAUUUAUUAGAAUUUAUUAUUCAUGACUUGAGACUUGACUUUCUAUGUCUUUUGAUUUAUCAGGGUAUGCAUAAUUUGAUGAGCACAAUGUUUACAAACACACAUAUUUCAGGUGUUUGUACAAGCAAGCAAUAAUAUGUUGCUUUAUAAAUUAUUUUACAAUUAUUAUUCUUGUUGAACAGUUAUCUAUUAAUAUUUGUUACAUUCCAGUUGAUAUUAUUGUUUAUACAUAAGAAUAUGUAAGGGGAUUUAUUAUACAAAACCAAAAUGGUGGUGACACACAACUUUUUAGGUUUUUAAGUAAAUAUGGCAAAGGGACCUUAUGUUUGAGCCAUUUUUUUUUUUAAAUCAAUACUGAAUUUGUUCAUACAGUGUAAAAUAUUGUCAUGUGCUGUGACCGCGUUUGGUUGAAAGUUCACGUUUACAGGCAGCAGAAUCUUUAAACAGACACCCACCCAAAAUAGUACUGUUAAGAUGGCUUAUAGCUAAAACGUGUAUCCUAAUGUUUUACAUAGAUAACAUAUUCAAUUUACAGUGAUAUUUGUGUGGUGUAAUUGGUUAUCAAGAUGUGGUUUUUUUGGUAUUAAA